UUGUAUCGAAGAUAAAAAAAAUCUGCCCCGAGUGAGGAUCGAACUCACGACCUUAAGAUUAUGAGACUUACGCGCUACCUACUGCGCUACCGAGGCUCGUGCUACUUCGUUCUGAUUCACGUUUAUAUUGAAGAACAUCACUUGAGUAACUUGCUGCAUUAGAAUGAGAGAGAGAGAGAGAAAACCCGGUUGACAUUCUCGACUCUUAACCUCUAAAAUUGUUGCGGUUUCCCUGGGUUUAUUGUGUUCUGAUUAUUGGUGAUAUGCUCAGUCCAGAAACGUGGAAUUUUAAACCACCGCGACAUGACUUUUCUGUAGUCAAAAGAGAUUAUAGAAAAGCAAAUGUACCGGCUACAAUAAAAACGCAUUACUUCAAUCAUUCGAUAUCCGUGGUGCUUCCCAACAUGUUUACCGUUCCUAAAAGUUUACUGGAUUCUCUGUCAGAAGAUACUGAUUAUUAUCGAAUCAAUGCAUUAUGUGCCUCUGAUCUCCUAAAUAGAGAAUUUAUUGAAGCUUUUGUUAAGAAAGGACAGGUCACUCUUCUAACUAUAAGAAAUAAAAUAGAUUUGGAAAACUCUAUUUGUAUCACUCCAACUGGGUAUUUGGUAAUCUCCUUGAUAACUGAAGAUUAUCAAUCACUUGGAUUAGAAGGAAAAGCAUCUUCCUUUGAUCAUGAACCUCAUGCACGUUAUGUUGUAACAAUCAACUUGAAAGAUGAAUGUUUUAUUCCUACUAAGAAGAAUUAUGAAAGGGUUCGAAUAGCAUUAGAAGAACGGCUCAAACAAAACUUUGAUGUAAUAGUACAAUGGGAUCCACCAGAAACAAAUCUAUGUCCAUCAUCCGUAGCGGCAUGGUUUUCCACACACGGUUACAAUGUUUAUCUUUGUCGUCAAAUAUUUUCUCAAAGAACUGAGUAUUCAUUAACAGUACCCACUCUUCAAGAUGGAUGCAACAUCGAUAAAUUUUUUGAAUGGCUUGGAGUUUUCAGCAUUGCUGGUAAUAUAUCCGAUCAAACAGAUAGCUAUACCAACACAUAUGAAUGUCCCUCUCCUUCUGUGUAUGUUGGACAAGUGCAGUAUCUACAGUGGACCGGGUUUUUUACACAAAAACAGGUACAAGAGAUGUACAAUACAUUAAAAAAAUACGUAUUGUCGCAAGAUAACCAACUGUGGGUUAGUUUACAUGUACAAGGAUUUGCAGACAGUCCUGUUAGUUGGGAUUUAAAAGAGCAUAUGUGUUUUAAUGAUGGAGACAAUAGUUACACAAUCAUAUUUCAAUCUAAAGGCGAAUCUAUUAUACGAAAAAGUUUAUGUUCUAAUAACAGACAAAAAACGUGACAAUAAAUUCCUUUUUUUAACGAA